CUUCUUCUUUCAUUCACUUGCUCUGCGCUGAGUUGUAUCAAAAACUCUCUGACCCUCCCAAAGCAAAAAAAAGCUUCAGCAAUCUUCAUCCUUUGGUUUUCGUAUCUCAAGUGAGAGAGAGAGAUGGGUUUCAUAAUGGAAUUCGCGGAGAAUUUGGUGCUAAGGUUAAUGGAGAAUCCAGAGGAUAGAGACAGGAAAGCAAGGGAACACAUAUAUGAGAUGCAUGAGAGGUGCAAGAAGAUUAAGGAGAUGUGGGCUUUACCUAUUCGUCCUUAUGGAUUCUGGACAUUUGAGCGUCACAAUGCUCAGCUUCGUUGGGAUCCUCAGAUCAGUCAGGUUGCUGGUCGUAGGGAUCCUUAUGAUGAUCUCCUUCAGGACAACUACACUCCUCCUCCUUCAUCUUCACACUAAUCAAACAAUGGAAGAUGCGUUAUGCUCUUUGGAUUGAUGGAUGCAUAUGUCUGUUUUCAAGCUAUUUUUUUCUCAGUACUGUACUCCCUUUGUUUCCAAUUGUUCUUGAGGGAGCUUGGUACAGACUCAAAUAAUAAGCUCAAAGACUAGUUUACAAAUGGGAGAGAAAUACUUGUUGUUUUUUUUAGUAAAGUUGUUUUGAUUGUCCAUCUUUGAUAUGAAAUAUUUUGUUCUGCUAUAUGA